GCUGCUAGCGCUUACCUCAACUUCUCAAGUUUGGCAAUGGCGGAGAGGGCGAUGGCAGUGAUGAAUCACAGGAGCUUGAAGGGGAGGCCGAUGAGGAUAAUGUGGUCGUUGAGGGAUCCGAUGGCGAGGAGAACUGGCGUUGGGAAUCUCUUUGUGAAGAAUUUGGAGGAAUGGAUUGGUGGUUCGGAGCUAGAGGAGUUGUUUAAAGAGUAUGGUUUUGUUGUUUCGUGUAAAGUCGCUUUAGAUGAAAAUGGGAACAGCAAGGGCUUCGGAUUCGUUCAAAUGGGGACUGAAGAGGGAGCACAGUCUGCGAUCAAAAAUCUUCAUGGAAAAGUUCCUGAUGGUGGAACCAAACAACUUUAUGUGUCAAAUUUCGUUAAGAAGAGUCAGAGGGAAGCAUUAUCACCUCAAAGCCAAAAGUACACUAACCUCUACGUAAAGAAUCUGGAAGCGGACUUCACAGAUGAUCUUCUUCGAGCAAAAUUCUCUGAAUUUGGGGAUGUCGCUAGUGCUGUUAUCAUGAAGGAUGAGCUUGGCAAGUCCAGAGGUUUUGGAUUUGUCACUUUGAAGGGUUUCAACCAGGCUAUGAAGGCCAUGGAUGCUCUUAAUGGUUCAAUGUUUGGAUCUAAGAAGAUAUAUGUUGGAUUCGCUCAAAAGAAAGCAUUGCGCGAAGAAAUACUGAAGCAGCAUUUUAGUGAGAAGAAAAGUGCUGAAGACUGCACAAAGAAGGGUACAAAUGUAUAUGUUAAGUGCCUGGCUGCCUCGGUCAAUGAUAAAACAUUGAAAAUAUAUUUUAGCAUAUGUGGGGAAGUAGUUUCUGCUAAAGUGAUGCGGUAUCCUAAUGGAAUCAGCAAGGGUUUUGGUUUUGUGAGCUAUUCAUCCCCUGAAGAAGCUACAAAGGCUGUAACAACACUUCAUGGGGCCCUGUUUCACGGCAAUUCGAUCUACGUGGCGAUGGCUCAGCGCAAAGAAGAGCGACAAAAGGUACUGCAGAUUCAGUUUGCGAAAACAAUGGCACAAUCCACAUCUUAUAGUCGCCCUGCAGUGUAUCCUCUACCGCAUUAUUGGCAGCCUAGAAACUAUGUCCACUAUCAGGGUUACAAAUACCUUUACCCUGUGACCGUUCCUGUUUACUACCGGCAGCAAUCAGCUUAUACACAAUAUGCUGCAUCUGUUUCUUCUCAGAUGCAGAAUUCAGUUCAUCUGUCAGCUUAUCCACAAUAUGCUGCAUCUGCUUCUUCUUAGUUGCAGAAUUCGGCUCAGCCAGUGUACCAAAUGAAGUGCAUACGACCUCUGCAGCCAAAUUGGUCUAAUGAGAGGAACAGGGGGCGAGGGGAGAGUUUCAUCCCUCAUAGAGCUCCUGCAAGAGUGUGAAGAUUUAACUCUUCUUCCUGAAAAGAGGAAGCAAGUGAUUGAUAAGCUCAUGGUGACGACUACUGGUUGACACUGUGCAUUCUGAGGCUGCUGAUGCCUUCUUUCAUUUUUAAUGUUAGCUGUUUUUCUUGAUGAGGAUCAUAGUUUCACGUAUAUGCUGUGGCUUUCUUUCCUUUUUAAUGUUGUCGGUUGUUUAUCUUGAGAACUAUGCAAAUUAAGCUAAUGGAUAUGCAGAUGAGGAAUAUUCAGAUAUUUUCAUUUU